UCCGCUCUCCCAGCUACCCCCAUCUCCCGCCAUGUCCCGCCCCGACGCCGCCUCCCUCCUCUCCCCCUCGCCUCCGCCGUUCAAGCCCCAUCGCCGCGGCCGCCUCCUCCCCUCCAUACUCGCCGUCCUCGCCGCCGCCGCCGCUCUCUUCCUCCUGGCCGUCCUCCGCUCCCCGCCGACCCCGUCCCCCAACCUCGGCUCCCUCUUCCUCUCCCUCGGCUCCAACAACACCGCCGCCUCCCACCUCCGCGCGCUCACCCUGCACCCCCACGUCGCCGGCACCAAGGCCAAUUCCCUCACCGCCGCCUACGUCCUCCACGCCUUCUCAUCCCUCUCCAUCCCGUCGCACAUCACGCCCUACUCCGUCCUCCUCUCCUACCCCGUCCACCGCUCCCUCUCCCUCUCCGCGGGGCCCGGCCGCGCCGCCAAGUCCUUCUCCCUCACCCAGGACACCUACCCCAGCGACCCCUACGCGCGCGCCGCGGCCGAGGUGACCCCGACCUUCUUCGCCUACUCCGCCUCCGGGUCGGUGUCCGCGGAGGCCGUGUACGCCAACUACGGCCGCGAGGAAGACUUCGCCUACCUCUCCUCCCGCGGCGUCGACGUCGCCGGCAGGGUGGCGCUCGCGCGGUACGGGAGGAUCCACUGCGAGGACAUCGUGCACAACGCGCGCGCGGCGGGCGCCGCGGCCGCGCUGGUGUACCCCGACCCGCUGGAGUACGGCGGCUCGGCCGGGGAGGGGUCGUUCCCCGACUCGCGGUGGCUGCCCCCGAGCGGCGUGCAGGUGGGGAGCCUGUUCCGGGGCGUGGGCGACCCGACGACGCCGAUGUGGGCGUCGUCCGAGGGGUGCGAGCGCGUGAGCGUGGAGGACGCCAUGGCCACCGACGACAUGCCGGGCAUCCCGGCGCUCCCGGUGUCGGCGCGGGACGCCGCGGAGAUCCAGCAGGUUCUGGGCGGGGCCGAGGCGCCGGCCGACUGGCAGGGCCGGGACGGCAGCCCCGUGUACCGGCUUGGCCCAGGGCCGGCCGUGCUGAACCUGACGUAUCAAGGCAAUGAUACGAUGGCAACGAUUGAGAAUGUCUUCGCGGUGAUCGAAGGCGCAGAAGAGCCGGACAGAUAUGUCAUCCUGGGAAACCAUCGCGAUGCCUGGACAUUCGGAGCCGCCGACCCCAACAGCGGAACAGCAGCUAUGAUCGAGUUAGCGCAAAGGUUUUCGAUGCUGCAAAAGCAAGGAUGGAGACCUCGGAGAACCAUCAUUUUCUGUAGCUGGGAUGCAGAAGAGUACGGGUUGACAGGAUCAACUGAAUGGGUUGAAGAAAACAGGGAGAUGCUUUCCACAAGAGCUGUUGCAUAUCUGAAUAUUGAUGUUUCGGUAGUCGGUCCGGUUUUACUCCCAUCGACAACUCCCCAACUUGAUGAGCUACUCCUUGAAACAAUUAAACUGGUUCAAGAUCCCGACAAUUCAUCUCAGACGGUGUAUGAUUCAUGGGUCAAAGCCAAUGCGUCUCCCAAGAUUCAACGACUAGGCAACGGGGGAUCAGACUAUGCAGCAUUCGUCCAACAUGUUGGCAUUCCAUCAACCAACUUGAUAUUCGGAGAAGGGCCAGGAUAUCCUGUUUACCACUCUUUAUACGAUGAUUUUGUGUGGGUGGAGAAGUUCGCGGACCCUGGGUUCCGCAGGCAUGUCGCAGCUGCUAGCAUCUGGGGAAUUAUGGCUUUGAGACUUGCUGACGAGGAGAUCAUACCCUUCGAUUACAUGUCCUACACCACCGAGCUUGAGGCAUACACAAAAGUAGUAGAGAAGGAAACCGAGGGGACGACUGUCAGUUGUUCCCCGCUGUACAACUCGAUCAGAGCUCUGAAAAAGGCAGCUACCAAAGUUAACAGUGAGCGAAAGGAUAUUCAAAGGGAACUGUCAAGCAAGCAGCUGAGCAAGGACUCGAUGAGGAUCCGGGGACUCAACGACCGGCUCAUGCAGGCAGAGCGAGCCUUCACUAACCGGGAAGGCAUCUUCAAGCAAGCCUGGUACAAGCAUCUGAUCUACGGACCGUCGGAGCAGAACGACUGGGACACCGCGUCCUAUCCCGGCAUAGCCGACGCCAUAGCCACGGCGAGGAGCAGCAACACCUCGGCGUCCUGGAAGCUGGUGCAGCACGAGGUUCACAGGGUCGCCAGGGCCGUGGCACAAGCAUCCGCCGUGCUCAGCGGGAGCCUCACAUGACUGGAUCGCAGUCCGUCACCGUCAGCAAUGGAAAGACCAUCAGCAUUGUUUCAGGCCGUGCAUAAUCAUGCCGGUGCCGACUAUUAAUCCUCUGGGGAAUAUGUUUCAGGCCGUGCCUCGCAUGAUGCCGAUCAAUCUGCGCAUGAUGCGACCCAUGUACAUAUGCUUUGAAUAUAUGUGUGUGUGCAGUUCAUUCAGUUGAUGAGCUGCAGCAGUGCAUUUAGUUGAUGAGCUGCAAAAUUAUGUAAUACAGACCAGGGCACCUACUGUAUUGUACAGAUUGAAGUUUGGUGAACCUGCUGAUGUUUUUUACGAACUUCAGGUAAUUGGGGGCUGUUA